GUACGGUACGGUAUACCGCAUACGACCAGUGACUCCCCGGACACUGGGAUCAUGAACUUUUGAAUAAUUUUAUUUUCACGUCUCUUAGGUAAACUCCGGUGUUUAGGUUCAAUAAGAAAAAUCUUGGAAUAGAUUCAUAUUUUCUUCGUCAACUUACACAGAUCUACUUAUCACAUAAAGAUAUCCCACAUAUCACAUUAAAGAUGGUUGUCAAAGAAUAUGUGACCUAUAACCAGGUCCACAAACUCUGUCAAGAAGCCGCACCACGCAUUCUCGAAGACUUCCAACCUCAACUUAUGAUCGCUAUUGGUGGUGGUGGAUAUGUCCCCGCGCGUAUUCUGCGAUCGUUUUUGAAACAACCCGGAAGUCCCAACAUUCCAAUUCAAGCUAUUGGUCUUUCGCUAUACGAACAGCUACCUCCUACACACCCCUCGGCUUCAAAUACUCCAGGGGAGGUUGAGCAAGUGGGCACAAAGGUUACGAGAACUCAAUGGCUGGAUUUGAACAGCUUGGGUAACAUGGAGAAUUUGGUUGGAAAGAGAAUUCUGAUCGUCGAUGAAGUUGAUGAUACCCGAACCACUUUGGAGUAUGCCGUUAAGGAGUUGGAGAAGGAUGUUGAGCUUGCCAGACAAAAGUUAGGUGGUCAAGGAGAAAAGACUGUCUUCUCUAUCUUUGUUUUACAUAACAAGAACAAGGAAAAGAAGGGUACGCUUCCUGAGGAUAUGUUGAAGGAUGAUAGAUAUCUCGCUGCAAGAACUGUUGAGGAUGUAUGGAUUUGUUAUCCAUGGGAGGCUCAGGAUAUUGAAGAGCAUGAUGAAAUGGCUCGCAAACAACCUUCGCAAUAGAUUUUCACUUAAUAGAUUUAGUUUUCAAAGAAUCAGAAUAAAGUAAAACUCCAGCAUCUUUGAUAUUGUUUCA